AUGACUUCAAACAAACCGCUCACCUAUCUUUGCAGCCGCACAGUUUUACAGUAUCUCAGUUUUAGUAGGAGAAAGCAAUUCUACCUCACGUGCCCAGCAAUCAGAAAAACGGAAGAAAGUGUGCCUCACCGUUUGGAAUCAGUGAGAGCACAUUCCACAUCUAAAAACCUAACCGUCAUAGCUAUCGAUGAUUUUGAAUUUCGUUUCUGGAAGCUGAUCGAUAGCACUCAAUUAGUUGUUCAGAAUUCUACAAAACUGGAGACUCUUGUGUCACAAACGGUAUUUGAGCAGGAGGCAGACGACAAGUUUUUGUUGUAUUAUUUCAACAGAGAGGGGACAGUUAUCAAGAACUUAGAGGGCGAAUGUCGUUGGAUUCUUGAGUGCAAACUGAAAGCGAUCAAAAAUUUGGUCACUCGCAUGUCCCAGGAAACUGUUAACAUGGGAAUUCUAUUAAAUUUGAAUUGCUAUUCAAUUUCGGUCGAUUCACGUAUGACACCGACAGAAUUUUUGGAUUACUGUAGAAGUUUGGCAACGCGGACUGAUCGACCGAUUGGAAGUGUUUUCAAAAUGAAUAUCGGACUAUUCAGCAUCACUAGAAAUGCAUAUUUCGAUCUUGUUCAUUCGCAAAUGAAUGCAAACAUAACAUUACUGGAUGGAGAAAAGUAUGCAACGAUUCCGAUGGACGAGUCGAAAGAGCUGAUCAUAUAUUGUGAUAAUAAAGCUCUGGUUGUUGAAGUCUAUGCGAGUGGUACGAGAGCCGAACAAACUACUGAUCAUUCUGAAAGACGUGCGCGACGAGUUGAACAGUUUCCAUACUAUCCACAUCUUCCAAUCCUUUACAACCCAUAUGAAAGGUUCUGGGCAUAG